GAGGGUUCCCUGGUUGUCCUGGCAACGGUGCGGGCGGAGGGUUCCCUGGUUGUGGUGCGGGCGGGGAGCUCGCGCGGGCGCUCCGGUUGUCCUGACAACGGUGCGGGCGGAGAGCGGGAAUGCGGGCGGGACGGGCGCGUUUUUUCAUGCUUUUCAUUUGAAAUAUAAAUUGCCCUGCAAGUGGUUGUAGCAGGAUCUCCAUGUAGUUUGAAUUGACACCAUUCGGUGGUUCCUGAGCCUCAGAUGUGGAAACCAGGUGUUGGUGAAAAAUGGAGGCAUGAUUCCAGUGAAUUUCAAUCAGAAAAUGGCCCCAGGAAAGAGCAUCAAGUACUUGGAGCUGGUCCUGCCGUGUGAAUGGGCAGAUUGCGGCUUUGUUGGGAAGACGAUGGAGGAAUUCUGUGAUCACAUUGCUGCACACUUAAAAGAACAUCUUAAUGAAUAUGACAGUUUUGGAGAAUUAGAUGAGUUCCAGUGCCUCUGGCGAGGUUGUGGUUUCUUGGCAGUGGAAGGGCCCAAUGAGCUGGUGGUACAUGUCAACUUCCAUAGCUAUCAUGCCAAACUGAAGUACUUUGGUUCAGAGCUGCAAAGACUGCGUCCUGAUUUGCCAGAAUGUUCUCUGGACGGCCAGAACCAAAAUCUAAUCCCAGAGAUUGCAGAAAGUUUCACCUGCCAAUGGGAGCAUUGUGAUAGUACAUUUGACAAUCCAGAAUGGUUUUACCGACAUGUAGAUAUGCACGGACAAUGCACAGAUAAGGAAAUCCUUCCAAACAAAAGUGAAGUAAUUUCAUGCUGCUGGAAAGGAUGUGGCGCUACAUUUAAAAUUAAGUUUAAACUUCGGGAGCAUCUGCGGAGUCACACCCAGGAGAAGGUUGCCUCCUGCCCCAACUGUGGAGGAAUGUUUUCCAACAAUACCAAGUUUUAUGAUCAUGUUCGCCGGCAGACCUCGAAUGAGAAGAAAACCUUUCCCUGUCGGCACUGUGACAAGCAGUUUGCGAAUGAAAGGCUGCUCCGGGACCACGUGCGAAAUCAUGUGAACCAGUUUAAAUGCCCACUCUGUGAUAUGACCUGCACUACUUUCUCCUCAUUAAGGACUCAUAUCAAGUUUCGUCACUGUGAUGAGAGGCCAUAUGGGUGUGACUUCUGUGAGAACAGUUUUAAGAAUUUGUACGACCUAAGGAAACACAUUGAGACACACAAUGAUGAGCCCACAUACCACUGCAGCUCUGAUGGGUGUAACUUUAGUGCUCGCAGUUUGCAAACACUUAAACAGCACUACAGAAGAAUACAUGAAGGGGAAACAAAGCCUCGAUACAAGUGCCAUAUCUGUGCCAAAUGUUUUUCGUGGGCCUAUACUCUAACAAUGCACCUCCGCAAGAUGCAUCAGUUGAAGUGGCCAUCUGGGCAUGCACGAUUCAGGUACAAAGAGCAUGCAGAUGGAUACUUACAGCUGCAUAUGGUCCGCUAUGAAACCAUUGAGCUGACACAGCAAAUCAUCAAGGACCUAGAGAAGAGACGAGGCCGCCGAAGAAAAGCACUGGAUACAUGUCUACCAGCACUGGACUCCUGUCAUAAGGUUCUCUCCAGGAAACCUCCACCUGGGAAAGCAACAAGGGAAGAUGACUACCUUGCCCCAGCUGCUCCAUUAAGAUGUGAUAGGCAGCAGGAAACUAAACCACCAGCCAAACCCAUGCACAAAAACUUGCAGCCAAAGUACUGUGACUCUUCAGAAGCACCAGAAGUGGGUGAGCUGGAUGUAGGACUUUCUGGAAGAGACUUUCCUAUCCAUUGUGUCCUCAGAAAUGUAGCCCAAACAACACCUAAACCUGCUGCUGCCCAUGAGAGGAACGACGACAGUUCCUCCCUAGACCCCGUGGAAACACUGGAGAAAAUAGCACAAGGGCUUGGGAUUCAGAUUAUUGGGUAGUCAUCAUUCAAGUUGGUGAAGCAGUAAAGCCUUGGUCACCAACUUUUCUCAAAAAACGUUACCUAAAUAAUGAAAGUGAGCAGGUGGAGUUAUAGUUAAUGGGAUCCUGUGGACUCAACAUUAUCAGGAAUAAGUGGCUACUUUUUGCUGUGUCUCGUGCUUUAGAUAAACAUCAACAUAUUUUUCCUUCUGUCUCACAGUGCUGUAGUUUCUUUGCCUCUGAGCUUGGGAGGAUGGCCUGAGUUUUCAUUAUAGGCUUGCGAGGCUUAGUAAAACCAAUGAAACAAGUGAGAAGAGGCCACAUAUUUGUAGGAUUGUAUUGGGAAGUGAAAGGAUUAUAUUAGAGAAGAUAUGGUGUUCAUGAUGAGGAUAUUGCCUGGUAAUUUUCUUCUCUCCAUUUCCUUUAUCGCAUUGCACAAAGUUGGGAUAGGCAUGUAGACUGGAGUUGGAUGGAGUCUUUGAGGAACAAAGUCACUCGUUAAUACUUACUGCAUGCACUGACAUUCAUUAAUUUCCUACAUGUACAUGAUGUUUUGGUAACCAACAAAAAAGCAUCUUUGUGCUUUGAAAUGGGCAAAUUGCUGAUAAACUAUAGAUCGUUUUCUCAGCCCUUCUUGUUGGGAAGAGAUUUGGUCUUUAUGUUGAUGCUGAUGGGAUGACAUUAGUGGUUUAGGUGAUGAUAGCCCAUUGCUCAGGGCAAACUUCUGGGGGCAACUGUUCUGAGGAACUGUUGCUAACCCAAUACGUUAACUGGGUUCUCUUUCCACAGGUGCUCCCUGACUGGCUAACACAGAACAUAGAAAAGAAAAGCACAGGAUCACGCCCCUAUGCCCAUAUUGUCUUUGCUGAAAAUGAUGCCUAGCUAAAGUAAUCUCAUUUACUUGCAUGUCAUCCAUACCCUUCCAUUCCAUGCAUGUGCCCAUUUAAAAGCCUCUUAAACACCACUAUCGUAUCUGCCACCACCACCCUCCUGGCAGCAUGUUACAGGCACCUCCAUCCUCUGUGGAAGAAAUACUCGUCCUGCAUAUCUCCUUUAAACUUUGGCCCUUUCACCUUAAAGCUAUGCGCUCUGGUCUGACCGACUACCCAAUCUAUGCCUCUCAUAAUUUUACAAACUUGAAUCAGGUUUAUCCUCCACCUCUGACACUCCAGAGAAAGCAACCCAAAUUUGUCCACCCUCCGCCUUUUAGCAAUGAAUGUGUUUUAAUUGAAUUUUUAUGAAGAUUUUAUGACGGUUUCCACCUUUUCUAGCAAGGUGUGUAACUUAUAAUUACACAGUCAUUAAAUGAAACCAAAGGAGUUAUUGGGCUUAUAAAAGCCUUUAUGUUUUUGAGAUUGUUUUGUAAAUUGCAGUAGUUCUCAAAACCGACUGAUGAGCAAACUAAACUGUCAGGCAGGAGUUAUCUGCUUUGUAUUGUGACACUUAGAUUGCUGCCGAUUUGUAAUAGUGGCUCCAUCAUAAUACCAUUGAUGGAAACUAAUUACCAGCAGCAGUGCAGUUUGAAUGAUGGAAAACUCUAAAUCUAACUUGUCUGGCUUAUAUCGACUUCCAUUCUAUACCAUUAUAGUUCACCCUCAAGAGCUUGUUCAUGUGGCCUAGCAAAUUUGUUGGAUCCCCUAAAGUUGGACAAUUACUGCCAGUCUUGCUAGUUUUACCCAUACACUAGUGUCAAAAUGAAUGAGGAUCAGUGCAAUUCUAUCAUAUUGUGGUUCUGCGAUGACUGAAAUCUCAACAAAUUACUCUAUCUCAAAGAGCAACAAGGCUGGUUAAUUCAUCCUGACGUGCAGUGUUGAUAACACUGAUGUUUUACACUUAUAAGUCUCUCCUAUCUACUUUGUCUCGAUAUACAUGGAUAACAAGAGAUUAGUUACAUCAGGACUGGGCACAAAUCUUCCUUAAAAUUUAUUUAUGAAGCCAUCAUCAAAUUGACACACAUAUGUGUAUUUCUCCCGUGCAUGUUGCCUUAAUGAAACAGCAGAAUCCUUAGAACAGUAGUGUAAUUUUGAGCAUAAGGGCAAGGGAGGUUGUUGCCUCGUUCCAAAAAACUGCAGCAGGUGGCUGGAACAGGCAAUAAGAUCCCAGCCUUUUUUAUAAAACUUAGAUUGCCAUCACUGCCACAACGGCAUAAGAUGCAUCAAAAUGGCAGAAUAGGACGCAAUUGCUUGGGAAAGCACAGAAUUCUAUUUUUAAUUUUUAAUGAUUUUUAGAUUUAUAACAUUUAUGGAUAGGUCAUCGAGGUGUGAAAACUAUCUGGUUAUGAACGGAACAAAAUGGCAGAGCCAUUUCCGACAUCGCCCAACAUACGGGUCCAGUUUCCAUUCCUUACUACUGCCUUGCGUACACUGCUGUGUGUAAAAAAAGUCAACGGUAACGAAUAAGUGAUAUUUUCCAUUAAGUAGAACAUUUCCCGCAAUGUGAAAUGCGUUUGAGUGUUUGUUUUAACUUGAUAUCCUGUUAAAUGAAUACGUUGUAAACUGUUGUUGCUCAGAUUGUGGUACGUUAUUUAUAAUGGUAGUUUAAAGUUUUUAAUUAUAUUUCCAGCCUCCACAGUUUUUUUGAUUUUUCCUCUUUAGCUGUGGAAACCACCCAGUAUUUUAAUUGAAUUUGAUAUUAUAAACAGUGUGUGCAAUGGCAAUAUGAUGUUGCUGAUAUUGUAAAGGCUCGCACUAGUAACUAGUAUCGUUGGAACAAUUAAAAAUGUUUCCAGUACAGUUACAAGCCGUUUACGAUGUUCUGGUUUCAAUAUGAUUUUGUUGCUAUGUUUUGUACUGGGUUCUGCCAGGAUGCUGUUGAUAGUGUUGUAAACAUGAUUCACCUCACGCUGACUGAAGUGGGAGUGCAUUUUUAUGAGCACAUGCUCCCAGAGGGAGCCUCGCCUACAAGGAGCACCAUCCCAUUCAGCCCAGCGAGUGCAGACUUGUUAAUGUUUAUGUAUGCAAUAGACUUUGUAUAACACUGUUUUGAUGUCUCUGUAGCUUGACAUUUUUGCUCUGUCCGAGUUUGUUAAAUCAAGGUUUCUUAUUGAGCAGUACUUUGCAGUUGUUUCAAGUUUGUCUGGCAUACUUUAUGCCUCCAUCCAUGUCCCUCCCGGUUCCAAAGAGGAAGUAAACAAGUAAUGUCCAUGUUAAACUCGCUGCCUCUGUCUCCUGGGCAAUAGGGAUGGGCAAUAAACCCUGGAUGAAUGAUGUGUUCCAGGAACAAAUAAAAAUAAAGCUGAUUACUCUAUGCCUAUUUAAA